AUGGGGGGUUCGGCCAGUCAGCUGCCGCGGGACCUGCUCGGCGAGUACCAGGAGCUGACCUUCCUGAGCAAGCAGGAGAUCUUGCUCGCCCACAAGAGAUUCAGUGAGCUGCUGUCAAAGGAGGAGAGAGAGAGUAUCCUGCAGAAAAGAGUCCCCAAGAGUCAGAUCCUCACACUGCCUGAACUGCGGGCAAACCCGUUCCGGGACCGGAUAUGUCGAGUCUUCUCCACCUCAGAGGAUGGGGAUGGCAGCAUGUCCUUCGAAGACUUCCUCGACAUGCUGAGUGUCUUCAGUGACUCAGCCACUUCAGAGAUCAAAUCCCACUACGCCUUCCGCAUCUUCGAUUUUGACGACGAUGGGACCCUGGACAGGAAGGACCUGGAGAAGCUGGUGAACUGCCUGACAGGGGAAGGAGAUGAGACUAGGCUGAGUGAGUCAGAGAUGGACCAGCUCAUCCAAAAUUUCCUUCAAGAUUGUGCUGUGAUGGCGCUACGUCCCUUCCAGCAGAGGCGUCCUGUGGCUGGCUGUGCCUAUGACCUGUCCGUUCCUAGCCUGCUGUGCGGCUCUGCACCAUCUCUGAGCAGUGUCUGGAUCCUUCCCCUUCUGGCAAACCGAUGCAAUAAUAUUGGUGACUCCAGUAUCGUGCUAGGAGGCCGGUGUCUUGGAGCACUCCUUCCAUAGUGCCUUAUGCAGGGCUCCACUGGGCAAGGGCUCUCCUGCCCAGUAUGCUGUGCCUUCUGAACUCUUCUUGGCCUGCAGGGGUAGGGUCACAGGGUCCUUAAUGCUGCUGCCUUGUGCUUCAAACAAACUCCUGGCCCUCGGAGACUACAAGUCCCAGCCUGUCAAGCCAUACCUGGAUCAAAGCAGAGGCUGCUGGGAUCAGCGUGGCACAAAGCAUGCUGGGAUCUCUUGUCUCCAAGGACUUACUCCUAUGCAAACCAGGUGCAGUCCUCUGGGCCUGCCCUGGAGAUCCCGAGCAGGAGAGGGGAACUCCUGCUGGGGGCUGGUGAUAAUCUGGGGCUCACCCUCCUGAGCCUCUCUGUGUGCCUUCCAUGAGCAAACAGGCAGCUAGGACUCUGGCAAGGAGCCCCUGAGGCUGCAGCGGGUCUGGCUGGCUCCCUGAGGGGGUCUGGCAAAGGGAUGUAGCACAAAAGGCUUUUUAAACUAUGCAAUAAUGUAACUGGCACCUUAAAAUGCUGCCUCCCAGCAUCUCUGUCCAGGGUGUUUCUGUAACUUCUCUAUCCACUCCCCAACUCCCUCCCUUUGGAGCACGCACAGCUGUCUGCUCAGCCAGAGUUGAGGGCUCCUGGCAGGGGCCACAGCAUUCACAGGGCUGGCAGCAGGCAGGGCCACAGCUGACAACUGACUUUUAAAGCUUCUGCCUGUGCCCCUCCCAGUCUGCCCUGCCCUGCCCUGCCCUGCCAGUCAGUGUGUCUGCUGGUGCUGUACCUCCCUUCCCGAAGCAGCAGCUGAUUCCUGUUGUCAGGCAGCCUGGCCCCGAGUCAGCUGCUGCAGGCUAGAGGCAGGCAUUGGCCAUCAGGCUCCACUCUGCGGUCCCACUAUGCUUGCUGCUGCCUGACACACUGCUAGUGCCUGUUAGGGGAGCAAAGACUCAGGGUGUUUUUCUUUCUUUCUACCCUUUCUUACAUGUGGUAAAGCAGCUGGCUUCCCCAUGCUGCUCUGCUAGGUGCCCCCCCGCCAUGGGAGGGAGGGCCGGAGGACCUGCAGUACUCUGCACUGGAUAGGGGGCUGCUCGGCCAUGUAUGGAAAAUGAAUAAAGAGCUGGAGUCUUACCCUG